AUGAUUCAUACUUUUUUAUUAUUCUAUAAAUCUGUUAGGGAUUUUCCUCAAUGUAAAAAUAUUAUGGAUAGAGUAAUACAAAAAACUGAUACCGUGAAAACAAGUAAUUGUGAUAUAGAAGAAUUGAAACAUUUUAAAACCUCAAAUUUUGAUGUUAUUAAGAAGUGCAAUGAUGUUCAAAAUUUUAUGAGUGAAAUACAAAAUAAUACCUAUAACAUACCUAAAGAAUCCAGUUGUAUAUAUUUGUAUUAUUGGCUAUACCAAGAAAAUAAUCGUGUAAACAACAGUAACGAAAUUAAAAAAAUUUACGAUGCAGUGAUUAAGGUUUUUCAUGAUGAUCUAAUAGUGCAGUGCACAAAUUAUAAGGAUAUUAUAAUUGUAGAUGAUGAAAUGUUAAAGUUCAAUGAUCUGCUUGACAUGUACACUAAACUUAAUAAUUCUUGUACUCAAAAGUGUCAAUGUUUAAAAGGAUGUGCUGACUUAUAUAUAAAACAUGUGCAAACAUGUAAAAAAUAUAAUAACACAUAUUUUUGUAAAGAAUUAUUAAAUUUAAAAGGACAAUAUGAAAAAGGUAUGAUGAACGAAAAUUGUGAACCUGGAGUUCCCAAAACAUUACCUUCCCUUCAGAGUUAUAAUAUAAUAACACUUACAUUAAUUCCAGUUUUUGUAACUUAA